GAAGUACGAUUCUGAAAGAAAAGGAGAGAAAACUAAGGGUUUGAGGAUGAGAGGUAUUUCAUGUCACAACUACUCAGCAAAGAGAAAGUGAAUUAAGGUUGCAUGUAGUUUAGAAAAGGUGCUAAUUGACUUUCUCAAAUAGAAUCAGUUAUUUUGGAAGCAAAAUGAAGAGAAUGAAGAAGUUAUUCUUGGCAGUUGGCCUGCCAUUGACUCUAUGUUUCUUCUGCAAAACAGGAGCCAAUCAAUUGCAUUCUUGUGAAAGUAGAUCCCGAAGUAGAUGUGGUAGUUUCGAUGGAGGAAUGAGUUGCCAAUGUAAUGAUAAAUGUGUUAAAUUCAAUGACUGCUGUACCGACUUUUUACAAAAGUGCACCCGGAUUCAUUUUGCGGGGGCUGCAUCCCUUGAAGGUUUGGUCAUCGUUCAAGAGAAGACGAGAGAGGAGGACGUUGGUUAUAUCUGCCACGGUGGUAGAUGGUUAACAUGGGAGGCAUCCGCUGCAUGCGCUCAGCUCGGUUACUCGAACACUGGAUCCAGUUAUUCGACCGACACCUCGUUGAACGUCUCCAUCCCCAUCCUACACUCAUACGCAUCAUGCGGUUCAGGUGCAAGGAAUCUCAGCCAGUGCACAUUCACUACCAAUAUAACUACACAGGGUUUGUGUUCAACUGAUUCACAAGUUGACUGCUGUAAAGGUCUUCUUGGGCUCACCUGCAUCGACGACAGCGAUGCUGUUGAAAAGACGACUGUGGCCACUGCAAUCAGCACACCUAUCUUGUCGACUAAAACUCAUUCAUCAACUGUGUCGUCAUCUCAAUCAUCAAGCACAACAAUAACAAAACAUUCGAAUACUAAUGAGGACAAAAACGAUAUGUAUAUCUACAUCAUAAUCGGUGUAGCGGUCGUUCUUCUCUUUAUCAUAGUCGCCUUGAUUGUGAUGGUCAGAUUUCAGAGGAAAAACAGACAACAGUUACGCAAUCCGCCUGCUUUUGGCAGUCCCCUCGUUACUAUGGGCAACGUAACUUCCGACCAAUCAGAGGACACCACACCGACCCCGUUACUCGCACACGAGACGUUGUGUGUGAACGAAAACGUGUAUGCCUCGGAUCCAACAUUGCCUCCCAGUAUGCCCAGUAUGGCAAGCGAUGUGGAUGAACAUGAAUAUGCUUACAUGGACAUGCCUCCGAUUCGGAGUGGUACUUCCGAAGAUCCCAUGCAUACGUAUAUGGAUACCGAAGUCUCUCUGGUGACGUCACGUCCACUGACAUGUGAGCAAGAUGAUGACGGGUUGAUUGAUAAUGAACUGUAUCAGACAUCAAACUAACUUUAUUCAAUUUCAUUCAUUUCGCAGUUUUAACAAAAUGAAAAGAUUUAGUAGGCUUACAUCGUUGAAUAAAAAACACGUCUGGUUGGUCGUCAAGGCAGAGGGUUUUUAAAAGCUAGACUUUUCAACUGCAGUCCUUACACAAGUAUACAUACAUAAAUUAAAUGUGCAUGCUAAUGCUACGUCGAGAGAUAAAUGUGUUUUCCAUCUGAUUUGAACAGUGACUGCUACUACUGGCAAUUCAGUGGUGAGGCAGAAUGAUUUUGAACAAAUUAAUAGGGAUCUAUAUUGUAUAUAUUUUCCAUUCAUAAAAAACAUGCAAAAUACAUCAGAUAUAAUUACGAAAUAAAAUACAAAUAAAUACAUAUGCAUGGCUGGAUUGUCCACCCAGAAAGGUAAUUAUUACCACUCUGUUCUGCCUAGGGGUCCAGAAUAUAUUAAAUGAUACCUGUAUUUAUAAGAAAUAUUGGUAUGCAUUAUUCCUGAGUAAAUCUUGUGUUUGUAUUAGAAAUAUUGAGCUUGAAUUUCUUGUAAAUUUAGAGAUUAAUUAGAGUCUGUCCAAUGGCAUCCACGGAUUAACAUGUUGAUAUCAUGAUAUUGUUAUUGGAGAGAGGGGGGGGGGGGGGGGGUAGGUCGUAUUAUCACCUGCAGUAUUUUGCUAUUUUUAUUGUUGCCACCCAAUUUGGUCCCGAUUUUGAACUUUUUAAAUUUCCUUUCUCAGGCGAAAGUGAAAAUAUAUGGUCAAGUACUAUGAAUUAUAAAUACAAUAAAAAUGGUUAUUUAUGCUAGUGUAUAGCGUCUAUGCUUGUGUCCGAUAACGCCCCCACCUCAAAUUUAGGGGGACAUGUCCCCCCCCGCUUCCGCCGCCUAUGAUCGCACCACUUUUGCUUUUUCGCAGAAACCCCUUCUCCAACUUGUAAUUAGUCAUUGAAUACUUUGUUCUUUUUCUAAACAUGUUUACUUUUUUUUUUACUUCAUAUUGUAAUCUAAUUAUUAUUAGUUUGUCAUUUAUGUAUUAUCAUGGAUCAUAAUUAUAAUUAUAAUUAUUCUUUGUUUAUCAUGUAUUUUGUAAAUAAAAAACAAGAGUGGAAAAACAUUCAAAUCAAAUUUUGUUAUAAACUAAUUGUUUUUUGCGUUUUCCAACACAACAUAUUGAUAUGCAAAAUAUGAGUUGAUUGUGUCACACACGCACACACGAACACCCUCACACACACUGUUUCCUUUGCAUAUUAUUGUACAUGUUAGAAGAAAAUUGAAAUUUUUGCUUUAACCUAACUUUGGCCCCUAUUGUGAGCACAGUAUUUGUUUUGUUUUUUCUCUGAUUGUCCGAGACGAAAUGUGAAAUUAAUUACCCUAAGUUCUUUUAAAAAUAUUGUAUUAUGUUUAUGUAUAAUGAUGCUUUUGAACUCAAAUGUUUUUUUUUUCGCGUUUCACUUCUAAGACGAAAAAAAAAAUAUUACGCUUGUGCGUAAUGCUGCUUUUGAGUUCAUUGUUUUAUGUUUCCCUUCUCAAUCUAAAGUGAAUAUCUAUAGAACAUUGCUGUAUAAUCUUGCCCCCCCCCCCGUAAUUACGCCACUGGCUCACACAGAUGAACUUUUUUAUUUUAAUAAAAUUGUGAAAAUGAAUUACUU